AUGGCCUUUAAGCGCCGAAGCCUGUCGCUUUUCAUGCAGGGCAUCAUUCAGAGAGCCCCGCCAUCCACUACGACUGCAGACCAGGCCAAUGCUGCUCUGGCUGGAGCAUCCGAUCCUAAUUCGCCUGCGUCAACGCGAUGGACUUCUACUAGCAAGCGUGUAGUUAUAUCAAGACCUGUUGUCAGACCCCACCUUCAUCCGUGGGAACACAACCUGGACGUCCACACGUUGGCGCGCAUCUUCCAUCGGAACUUCGCCUAUCAGCUUUAA